UCAACUCAAAGAUUUGUGGAACUGACACAGGGAGAUUCAUAGAGAUGUCAGGGUGGGACGAAGGAGCUGUAUACUACAGCGACCAAGCCCAGUUCCCCCACGGAACCGGUGGCGAAACCGAACAAGACCAGGCGGCGGCGGCCAGCCGCCACGUAGUCCUCCGUAAAUUCAAGGAAUUCAUUAGAAAUUUUCCUCACAAGAGCCAACCCAAUGUUUUCCCUUACAGAGAAGCUCUGCUCGAGAACGCUAAAUUCUUGCUCGUUAACAUGUCCGAUCUCCUCGCUUACGAGCGUGACCAGACCCUCCCGGAGCUUCUGCGCCAGAAUCCUGCCGAUUAUCUUCCUCUGUUUGAGACUGCAGCAGCUGAAGUUUUGGCAAGUUUGAGAUCAAGGAUUUCUGGGGAGACUGGCGAAAUGGAGGAGCCCGAAAUUGGAGAGGUGCAGAUUCUGCUAAGAUCAGAGCAGGACUCCAUGUCAAUGCGGUCGCUUGGGGCACAGUAUAUCUCAAAGCUGGUUAAAGUAUCUGGCAUCACAAUUGCUGCAUCAAAGACUAAGGCAAAGGCAACCUAUGUGACAUUAAUUUGUAAGAAUUGCAAGAAUUUGAAGAUUGUCCCAUGCCGUCCGGGACUUGGUGGCGCAAUCGUACCACGUUCUUGUGACCACACACCUCAGACUGGGGAAGAACCAUGCCCUGUUGACCCAUGGGUAGUCAUUCCAGAUAGAAGCAAAUAUGUUGAUCAACAGACACUGAAAUUGCAGGAAAAUCCCGAGGAUGUCCCUACUGGGGAGCUACCAAGGAACAUACUCCUAUCUGUUGAUCGCCAUCUGGUGCAGACAAUCGUACCUGGCACCAGACUGACUGUUAUGGGCAUUUACAGCAUUUUUCAAGCUGCUAAUUCAUCCACAUCGCACAAAGGAGCGGUUGCUGUUAGGCAGCCCUAUAUAAGGGUUGUGGGAAUAGAGGAAACAAAUGAAACGGACUCUCGUAGUCCAGCCAACUUUACAGCAGAUGAAAUAGAAGAAUUCAAAAAAUUUGCGUCAGAUACAAAUGCAUAUGAAAACAUAUGUUCCAAGAUUGCCCCCUCGAUUUUUGGUCAUGAAAAUGUGAAGAAGGCUGUGGCUUGUCUUUUAUUUGGAGGAUCUAGGAAGACCUUGCCUGACGGUGUCAAACUCAGAGGCGAUAUCAAUGUCUUACUCUUGGGAGAUCCAUCUACUGCAAAAUCACAGUUUCUGAAAUUUGUUGAGAAGACUGCUCCAGUAGCAGUUUAUACUUCUGGAAAAGGCUCAUCUGCUGCUGGUCUAACAGCUUCUGUUAUCAGAGACAACAGCUCACGUGAGUUCUAUCUGGAAGGAGGAGCCAUGGUCUUGGCAGAUGGAGGUGUUGUCUGCAUUGAUGAGUUUGACAAAAUGAGGGCAGAAGACAGGGUUGCAAUUCAUGAAGCCAUGGAGCAGCAAACCAUUUCCAUUGCUAAAGCUGGAAUAACUACAGUUCUCAACUCUAGGACUUCAGUUUUAGCAGCAGCUAACCCUCCAUCUGGGCGUUAUGAUGACCUCAAGACUGCACAAGAUAAUAUUGAUUUGCAGACAACAAUUCUUUCCAGAUUCGAUUUGAUAUUCAUUGUUAAAGAUAUCAGGAUGUACAGUCAAGACAAGAGUAUUGCUAGCCAUAUCAUCAAGGUUCAUGCAUCUGCCAAUGCAACCAUGAGCGACUCUAGAUCUUCUAAAGAGGACAACUGGCUGAAGAGGUACAUACACUACUGUCGGACUCAUUGUCACCCACGGCUAUCAGAGUCUGCAGCUUCUGUAUUGCAGGAGAACUAUGUUAAAAUUAGACAGGAUAUGAGGAGGCAAGCAAAUGAAACUGGGGAAGCAGCUGCAAUACCUAUCACUGUGAGGCAGCUGGAAGCUGUAGUGAGGUUGAGUGAAGCACUUGCAAGAAUGAGGCUGUCCUAUCUUGCAAAUGAGAACCAUGUCUCAGAAGCUCUUCGGCUUUUCAACAAUUCCACAAUGGAUGCUGCACGAUCGGGAAUAAACCAACACAUAAAUCUUACGCCUGAGAUGGCAAAUGAGAUAAAGCAAGCUGAAACUCAGAUAAAGAGAAGAAUGGGAAUUGGAAGCCAUAUAUCAGAGAGACGGCUAAUUGAUGAGCUUACCAGGAUGGGCAUGAAUGAAUCAAUUGUAAGAAGAGCUUUGCUGAUCAUGCAUCAAAGAGAUGAAGUUGAAUAUAAACGAGAAAGGCGGUUGAUUGUUCGUAAAGCUUAGUGUUUUGUUAGUCAUCACUAGCAACUGUUUGUAGCUUUUGCAUGUACUCACUGAGCUGGAACUCUUGAUUGCCAUUUGACACUUAACCGAGUAAACAGAAAAUAACCCAUAGCAUCCACCAUUAUCAAUCCAUAUUUGUCCUCAAUUUGGUGUUGUA